CAUAAGUAAAUACUAGUAGAUUCAUCAGCACGGCAUUUCAUUAUUUGAGCUCAGUACCCGUUAAUUAUAUGAACUUCCUGUCUUUAGGUGCGUGAUUGGUAUCUGGAUUCUUUCCGUGACCUUAGAUCCUUUCCCGAGAUCAACAACACAAAUGAUGAAUUGGAAUUUACCCAAAUGAUUAAGAUGAUUAAGGUGAGGCACAAUAAUGUUGUUCCCAUGAUGGCUUUGGGCGUUCAACAGUUGAAGAAAAGCCUGGGUCGGAAGAUUGAUUAUCAGGAUCUGGACGAGAUUCAUCAGUUCCUCGAUCGCUUUUACAUGUCAAGAAUUGGGAUUCGAAUGCUUAUUGGGCAGCACGUUGCAUUGCAUGAUCCCAACCCUCCUCCUGAUUGUGUGGGUUAUAUACAUACCAAAAUGUCCCCUGUACAGGUAGCACAAACUGCCAGUGAGGAUGCCCGUGCAAUUUGUUUGCGGGAGUAUGGAAGUGCACCUGAUGUUAAUAUCUAUGGGGAUCCUAAAUUUACAUUCCCGUAUGUUCCAACACAUUUACAUCUGAUGGUUUUUGAGUUGGUUAAGAACUCCUUACGUGCUGUCCAGGAGCGGUUUAUGGACUCGGACAAAGCCGCACCUCCUAUUCGAAUAAUAGUAGCUGAUGGAAUAGAGGAUGUUACCAUUAAGGUGUCAGAUGAAGGGGGUGGAAUACCAAGAAGUGGUCUCCCUAAAAUAUUUACCUAUCUUUAUAGUACUGCCAAAAACCCCCUGGAUGAGCAGUCAGAUCUUGGAACAACUAACAUAGCAACAAUGGCUGGUUAUGGAUAUGGGCUUCCAAUAAGUCGCUUAUAUGCCAGAUAUUUUGGAGGGGACCUGCAAAUUAUCUCUAUGGAAGGAUAUGGGACAGACGCAUACCUUCAUUUGUCUCGCUUGGGAGAUUCGCAAGAACCGCUGCCAUGAAUCAAGACUAUUAUGGUGCUACAAACUGGAAUUUGCAUUGAACUGUCUUAAUCAACUUUGUGUAAAUGAGUUAAAAACAACAGAAAUCUGUACCCCUUAUUGUAAACACAACAAAUUUAUCAAUUCCUAAUUGUCCAUAAUAAGUUGGGCGGUUUUGUUGUCAUAUGUUUUAGUAUUCUACUUUUCCUGGUACAGGAUAAGUAAUCCAUUCAAUCUGGGACGUAUACUAGGUUUAUUUUAUCGUUAUUAUUAUUAUUAUUUUUA